AGAAAACUGAUCAUAUAAGCAAUGAAAAUAAAAUAUUAAGCUAUCUUUGUUUACUUUUGUUCGUUGAAAAUCCCGUUACUGCAGCCGGACUCUUGUUGCGUAGCAACCAGUAAAGCUUUCAGUUGUCUAACGUGUGAAGCCGCAGCAGGACGGAGAGCUACCGAUCCGGUAACCGUUUGACUGACUACCGGAGACACCAAAGGAGACGUUUUGAUUGACUUUAGUACUUUAUCCGGUGAAUUUUUGGCUGUUUAACGGACAGCGGACAGUUUUGGGACUAACGCUCGGACCAAAAUGUCACAGAACAUCAGCUUGUCCGAGCUCCUCAACGUCUCCAUCAGGGAGCCCCGGGGAGGAACCGUUAACUUCUCCGCCCUCCACACGCUGCUGCUGGCCAUGCUAAAGCACCUGGACCUGCGGGAGGUGAGUAUCCCUUGGAUGAACCCUCCUCCUCCCGGGGACCCUCCGCUGGGAGUCUCCGCUCCGGCACCGGGGCGGCAGCGGGACCCGGAGGAGCGGCAACGCCGGGCCGAGAAGCUCAUCGCCAGGUCAGAGGAGGAAGCUCCGCCCGGCACCGAGCUCCAGGAGCGCACAGCGUCUCCUCCAUCUCCGCCCCCCGCCGGCUCCGGCUCCUCUCAGGCCGCUCAGUGGAGCCUCCAGACCCGCAUCCAGAAGUGUGAGGACAGCGUGAGUCAGGUGAUGAAAACCAUCGAGAAGCUUCACGACGAGAAAAACAACCUGAAGGAUGAAAUGAAGGCGCUGAGACAUGAACAGCAGCUGAGAAAAGUGGUUGGUGUCCAGAGUGAAGCAGCCGCUGCAGUGGAUCGCUGCUGCCACCGACUGGAUGCUCUGGAGGAAGCUGUGAGGUCUCUGAGGGCCUCGAUUCAGAAGAGUCCAGAAGAUCUGAGUCAGUUUGUGACCUGGGAUGCCAUUCAGUUGGGACUGCUGACUGACAGACAGAACCUGGACCAGGAGCUUGUACUUCCAGGAGUUACUGAUGGAUCCAUCGUAGUCCAACCUGCAGAAGAUCCUGACAGAACCACCAUCACUGCUCCCCCUCAGUCCAGUUCAUCCUCCUCCAUUACCCGACCGACAGAACCAACCGCAGAACCAGCAACCAUUCCUGAACAGACUUUAACCCAGCAGGCAGAUCCACAGAGUAGAGAUUCUGGUGGUUCUGCUGCUGCUGGUUCUUCUGUUUCUGCUGCUGCUGGUUCUUCUGCUGCUGAUCCUGCUGCUGGUUCUGCUGAUGGUUCUUCUGCUGCCAGCCAGCUGGAGGUCCGAGUCUCGGCACUGGAGAAAGGAAAAGUGGACCAGAGCCAGCUGACUCGCCUGAGAGAGAGCCUCACCAAUACAGGUUCUCGGGAGGCGUCUCACCUGAUGCAGCAGGUGAACCAGCAGAGAGCUCUGAUCGACAGCCUGCUGAGCGACAGGGAGAAGCUGGAAGAACUGGAGGACAUGAUCCUGAACCUAAAGAGGCCAGACACAGAACCCAGCUCAGAACCAGACAGUGUGGACUCAGAUAGACGAUGUCAGGAGCUCAGCCAGCAGGUGUCCUUCCUCAGGAGGUCUGUGCAGAAGCUGGAGGCGGAUUUGAAGCAGCUGAAGGUGAAACAGGUUCAGACUGAACAGAAACCAGCAGAUCAACAUCUACAAGAUCAGCUGGAUGAUCUGAGGAGUUUAUUAGAGGAGGUGAUGCUGAACCAGGAUCCUCAGAUGAAGGAUCAUGAAGACCAAUCAGAGAGUUCAACCAGCAGGAAGCCGAGGCUUCAGUUUAAAGUCAACGAUCAGCUGCAGGACUCAGAAAAUGAGACGAUCCAGCAGCAGAGUGAAGACAGAACACAAAGACUGCAGGAAAGACAGAAUGUGCAGCUGCUCAACGACGUCCAGAAUUCAGUUCUGCAGCUUCAGGCUGAUUAUGAAAAGCUGCAAGAAAUAACCGGAGGUUUGUGUGAAGACAGCCAACAGAUGCAGAACCACAUCGAGAAGCUGUUCAGGACGACGGAGCAGCUGGAGGUGAAGAAAGCCGACAAGCAGAUGGUGGAGACGGAAAUAAAAGCAGAUAAAUGUGUUCUGGACACAAAAGUGAGUCGGCUGCAGCUGGACCUGGUCCGAGAACAACUGACCUCCAUGUUCCACGAGCUGCUCAACAAGGUGACGGAUCAGGAACAAGACUGGAGCAAAGUGAUGGAAAGACUCUCCACUGAGAUGGAGUGUAAGCUGAACAGAAUCGAGUUGGACUCAGUGAAGAAGCAGCUGGAGGAUCUCUGGAAGAACAUCCAGGAGAAGCUUCAGGCUCAGGAGGCUCCAGAACACGAGGACGCUGCCGGAAUCAGGAAGCAGCUGGUUGACAGAUUCCACUGCCUCUCCUGCGACAGGCCGAUAGUCAAACACAUUCCUGGACCUCAUCUGGAGACACUGCCUUCGUCUCCAGCGUUUCCAUCCCAUAAGUCCAUGAGGCCGUUUACUGUCUACGCUGUGGAGCAGCUCCGGCAGCAGCAUAGGAGUCUGAAACCAGGAACGAACCGCUUCAACUUUAAGCUUCGUAACUCGGUCAGGAGGAGGCAGGUAGAGAACUUAGAGAAGCAGAACCAGAACCCAGCAGGAGACCAGCAGUGAGUCAGGAAGGAGGAGGAGCUUAAUGGAUUCACAUCGACUAAUAAAAACUGUUUCUAUCAGUUCAUCUGUUAUUUCACUCCUUAUUCAGAACACAGGUUUGAUUUUCAGUCAUGAACCUGCUGAAGCCUUUUCUGUCUCAUUUUCCUUCACCAUGAUCAGAGACAAAGAGCAGUUAGUACUUUUCCCUUAAGGUGUAAACUUUUAGAGGUAGAUAGAUUCUGAAUAGAAUCUGGUAAAUUCAUCAUUAACUGUCAAUAAAUCUCAAAUUUUUAUCUUCAAAUAUGUUUUGACAGAAUAAUGGAAAGAGACCAAAAUUACAGAAAAAGAUGUAGAAAUGACACGAAACAUGCAAAAAGGUGACAAAGAAACACAAAAAUCUGUAAAAAUGACACACAAGAUGCAAAAAGAUAACAAAAAGUGACAUAAAUGCACAAAAACAUGACAAAUUUUUUAAAAAAACGUGAAAAUAGCACAAAAAUAGGCAUAAAAGAUGCAAAAAUACACAAAUAGAUGCAGAAAUGACACAAAACAUGCGAAAAGAUAAUAAAAAUACACAAAAAGAUGCAAAAAUAAAAAUACACAAAAAGAUGCAAAAAUAAAAAUACACAAAAAGAUGCAAAAAGUAACACAAAUAUACACAGAUGCUGACAAAAAUACACAAACCAUGCAAAAAUAAAGCAAAAAUACACAAAAACAUGCUGUGAUUGAACAGUUUAUUUGCUAGUUUUCACUGUUAUACAUGUUAAGUAAUACUUUUCAUCACUAAAGAAUGAUGGGACAAAGUGCAAAAAGAUGAGAAAAAUACACAAAAAGAGGCAAAAAUAACACAAAAGAUCCAAAAAAAACACAAAAGAUGCAAAAUUUCACAAAAGAUAAAAAUACACAAAAGAUGCAAAAAUGACAAAAAUGCACAAAAAGAUGCAAAAAUACAAAUACACAAAAAGGUACAAAAUACGCAAAAUACACAAAAAGAUGCAAAAAUAACACAAAAAUACACAGAGGCUGACAAAAAUACACAAAACCAUGCAAGAAGAGGACAAAAAUACACAAAAAGAUGAGAAAAAUACACAAGAAGAUGAGGAAAAUACACAAAAAGAAGCAAAAAUAACACAAAAGAUGCAAAAAAUCAGAAAAAGAUGCAUUAUUAUUAUUGUUGUUAUUAUUACUGCUAUGUCAGUAGU